GAGCGGCUUUCCUUGUGUACCACGAUAAUUUCUUUAAAAUUUUAAAUUUGAAAAUAAAUAAAAAAAAAAAAUGCCACCAACAAAUCGCAAAUCACUUUAUCCCGAAUCUUCAGUUCCAUACACAAUUUAUAUCAAACCAACUGAAACCAUUGCCCCAUCAACAAGUAAUGAAGCCGAUCUUAAACUUGAUCCAAGGCCAACCUUCCUCAAAGUCGGUAUUCUAUCUCAAGUCAAAGGUUCUGCUUAUCUGGAAUACGGAAACACAAAACUCUUAGCAGCCAUUCUUCCUCCUCGAGAAAUAAGCAAACAAUCUAAGAAAAAUGCCCUAGGAGUUAUACAAUGUGAUUUCAAAUACGCUCCCUUUGCCACAAACGAUCGCACCGAAAACCUUACAAAAAAGGAACAAUUCCUCAGUGUCGCUCUGAAGAAGGCUCUCGAACCGGUCAUUUGCUUACACGAGUUCCCCAACUUUCAAAUCGACAUUAUGGUCUACAUACUCCAAGAUGACGGCUGUGCACUUAGUUCAGCCAUCAAUUGUUGUGGAGCAGCUUUAGCAGAAGGUGGAAUUCCAAUUUACGAUGUUAUUACUGCUUCCACAGUUUGUAUUUAUGGUCAACAUGUUUUUAUCAAUCCAACAGCCGCCGAAGAAGAAAUCGUUCAAAUGAGAGAAGAAAAGACGGAAAUAACCGAACAAGGUCUUUGUGUCAUUGCCAGUCUGGCAGCCGUCGAUCAAGUCGCCGAAUGCUUUCAAAAAGGCUACAUGACCUACGAAACCAUCAAAAACCUAACCAACUAUGCUUUAAAAGUCAAUCAGAGUCUCCUGAGCACUGUCAAGCAUGUUUUAGUAGACAAAGUAAAACAUCACCUCAAGUGA